CCUCUCCCUCCAGACUGGCAUCCUCCCCGGCCAGCACUCCCCCCCUCCCCCUCUUUGCCCCUCCACCCUAGCGCGUGAUAGCCCUCGAUUCGUCGACCGGCCACCCCCCUCGCACGCUUCCAAGCACCCGAACAUCAUGUCGGCCAAGUCUGUCUCUUCCACCAUUCGCCCCUUCCAACUGCGUGGUCACGCCCGUCCCCUCACGCACGUUCGCUUCAACAAUGACGGCGACCUGCUGAUGACCACCUGUAAGGAGGGCACCUCCCUCCUGUGGUCGUCCUACACCGGUGAGCUUCUCGGCUCGUACGAGGGCCACGGUGGUGUGGUCUGGUCUUUCGACUUCACCUCCGACUCUCGCAAGAUCAUCACCGCCUCUGGUGACAUGACCUCCCGCCUGUGGGACACUGAGACCGGCAAGGAGCUGCACAUGAUCAGCGCUCCCUCCACCGUCAGCGAUGCCUCUUUCUCGGUCGGCAACAAGAUGUUCUUCAUCGUCACCGUCAACAACAUGAACCAGCACUCGAGCAUUGUCAUCUACGACGCCACCUCCUUCGAGCUCAUCAACCGCAUCGAGCUCCCCCGCGACCUCCGCUUCACCUGCGCGCUGUGGGCCGACUGCAACACCCGCAUCAUUGCCUCUCUGUCUGACCACACCAUCGUCAGCUACAACGUCCGGACCGGCGAGACCACCGGCCAGGCUACCACCGCUCACAAGGAUACCAUUACCGACAUGCAGAUGUCCCACGAUGGCACCUACUUCAUCACCUCCUCUCGUGAUAUGACUGCCAAGAUCUUCGACAUCCAUGAGCUCUCGCAGAUCCGCGUCUACACCACCGAUUCCCCCCUGAACUCGGCCUCCAUCGACAACAUCAAGGGCCACAUUUUCCUUGGUGGUGGUCAGGACGCCAGCCAGGUGACCACCACUCACGCCCGCUCCGGCAAGUUCGAGACCCGCAUCUACCACGAGGCCCUUGCCGAGGAGCUCGGCCGUGUCCGCGGUCACUUCGGUCCGAUCAACACCCUGCACGUCUCGCCCCAGGGUACCCACUUCGCCACUGGUGGUGAGGAUGGUUUCGUGCGUCUGCACGAGUUCGACCAGAACUACCAUGACUUCAAGAUCGAGUUCGAUGAGAACUUCGAGCCCUCUGCCGAUGUCAACUAAAUGCGCGCAUGCUUUCUGCGGCGUGUGCAGCCUCUUGUGCCCUUCUCCCCGCCUCUCUCCCCUUCCUUCCCCGCGCGCCGUGCAUGGGUGUGCGUGCGCGUGUGUGUGUGUGCGAGGGAGACAAGGCCAUGCGCUGUUGUACAUAUGCGCGCACGCGCAAGUCCCCCAGCCCCUGGUGAGGGAGAAGGAAGUCCUUGCCUGCUGGGUGCACCCCCCUCCCCCCCCCCCCCCCC